AUGGCGGACCCUUUCGAGGUUCGAAUGCGCUUCAGUAGCUCCCUGCAGCAUCUGAAUGCGUCCGUUACUUCAGCUCAGAAGGCGGCUCAGUAUGCCCUCAAGUACAAGGAUAUGGACGAGGAUCUGCACUCUUGUAUCCUCGAGCAACUGGAGCGAAACAACAUGAAUACGCGCGCCAAUAUCAUGUACUUCAUUGAGCAUUUCCUUGAGAUGGCACAGAAGGACAAGCACAUGGACUAUGUCCGCAUGAUGCAGCGCGACAUCAUUCGCAUCGUUGAUGCCGUCGCCCCCGAUGAUGGGUCCGGCGCCGCCAACGUCAAGGUCGUCCGAAGAGUCCUCCGAGGCCUCCAGGACAAGACCUUCCUCGAGGCACGCACAGUGACAGAGAUCGAAGAGGUCCUCAAGGAGCGCGAGACGAGCGCCCACGACGCGGGCCUCUCGUCCCCCGUCAACGGCGACGUCGAGAUGGGCGACGCGCCUCCCAGCCACGCCAUGCCGGCUAACGGCCGGGGACCCGCCGCGCGCCUGGAGAAGCGCCAGAUUGAGCAGCGCAUCGAGGAGGACCGCGAGCGUCACAAGCGGCUGCGCGAGAGCAUAUGGGCCAUCCCGCCGCACGGGAACGCAGAGAUUGACAAGAUUUGGGAUGAGACGAGCGAUUUCGGCGACGACGACCACAUCCUGGGUGAGGAGGAGUUUGCCGAGUGCUCUCAGGCUAUGAAGCACUCGUGUCCUCCUAAGCCGCCGGUCGGUCCUGCUAGUACGCGCAUUACGAAUGGAAAGAAGAACUGA